UGAUCCAAUAUUGCACACCCUUAGAAGCAGCUAACCCACCCACCAAAUCAAUCCACUUAACCCAACCCAUGAGAUGAAAAAUAGAAUUUCGAAUCAUAUACUUGGAGCCAAGCACGAGCUUAACUUAAGCCUCAACGAUCCAAAACAAGAGAGGCUCAUAGCAAUUUGUUGAAAGGAAAAAGGUAGCAGCAGCAGCAUAUUAUCACAACACAGAGAAUAGAAUAAAAGUAAACUAACAAAAAAAGGCAAAGAAGGAACCCGUAAAAGCAACGAACCACCAAACAAAAACAUCCUUCAUAAUACAGAAUAGAAUCUCAUUUCCCACUAAUUCCCUCUCCUCAUAUCAAACUUUCAAAUCCAUAUCACCCCUCAAAAGCCACGCCCAUCACCGCCUCUCCUCCUCCGCAAUCACCGCCCCUCUGUCAAAGAAAAAUGAGACAAUGACGACCCCGUCAGAACCACCACCGCCGCAACCAUCGCCACCCAAAACCAUCCGCAAGCUACUCGUGGAAGUAGUCAAUGCACGUGACCUACUUCCCAAAGACGGUCAAGGAAGCUCCAGCCCGUACAUCCUCGCCGAGUUCGACGGUCAAAAGAAACGAACCUCGACCAAAUACCGCGACCUCAAUCCUGAAUGGAACGAGACGCUCGAGUUCAUCGUUUCCGACCCGGAUAACAUGGAGUUUGAGGAGCUUGAAAUUGAAGUUUUUAACGAUAAAAAAUUCGGCAAUGGCAGUGGUCGUAAAAAUCACUUCUUAGGAAGGGUUAAAGUUUACGGUUCUCAGUUUGCUCAGAGAGGACAAGAGGCGCUCAUUUAUUUUCCUCUCGAGAAAAAAAGUGUGUUCUCAUGGAUUAGAGGUGAUUUAGGGUUAAAGAUUUGUUACUACGAUGAGUUGGUCGACGAGCCACCGCCGCCGUCUGAUAAGGACGGACCUCCACCGGAGAAUCAGCCCCAAGAGCCUAUUAAAUCGCCGGCGGUUGUUGUGGUCGAAGAAGGAAGAGUAUUUGAGGUUAAUCCGUAUCAUCAGGAGAAUAUUUCUUACAGUCAUCGUUUUCACGAUCAUCAGCAGUUUCCUCCGGUUGUCGUUAUCGGAGAAUCUCCGCCUCCUAUGGUGCAGGUGCACUCAUCGGAGCCGACACUGCAAGGUCCUAUUCCGGAGCAAGCUAUUCCACAGCCGCCUCCGGAGGCGGAGUACAUGCCGGAGGUAAGGAAGAUGCAGAGUUCCAGAGUUGCUGCUGUCGGCGGUGAAAGAGUGAGGUUACCCCGGCGGAUGAACGGAGAUUUUUCUCCGAGAGUUAUUUCUGGUAAAUUUAAUACUGAAAAUGAGAGAGUUCAUCCGUACGAUCUUGUUGAGCCAAUGCAGUAUCUGUUUAUUAAAAUAGUUAAGGCUCGUGGUUUAUCACCAAACGACAGCUCGUUUGUUAAGAUCAGAACUUCUACUCAUUCCGUACGGUCUAAACCGGCGUUGUACCGGCCGGGCGAGCCAACGGAGUGUCCUGAAUGGAAUCAGGUGUUUGCGUUGGGUCACAACAAGCCUGACUCGUCUGGUUCAACCCUUGAAAUAUCAGUUUGGGACUCAACGGAGCAGUUUCUCGGCGGCGUUUGUUUUGAUUUGUCUGAUGUUCCGAUUCGUGAUCCGCCGGAUAGUCCUUUGGCUCCUCAGUGGUACAGAUUAGAGAGCGGACCUGAUCAGAAUUUGAGCAGAGUGUCCGGUGAUAUACAGCUUUCUGUUUGGAUUGGAACUCAAAACGACGACGCGUUUCCUGAGGCUUGGAGCUCUGAUGCACCGUAUGUGGCUCACACGCGCUCCAAGGUUUAUCAAUCGCCGAAGCUGUGGUAUUUGAGAGUGACAGUUAUUGAAGCGCAAGAUCUUCAAAUUGCUUCCAAUUUGCCGCCGUUAACAGCGCCAGAGAUUCGAGUUAAAUUUCAUCUCGGUUUCCAAUCAGCAAGAAGUAGAAGAGGAUCAAUGAACAACCACACGACGUCGUUUCACUGGCCUGAGGAUUUAAUCUUUGUUGCCGGUGAGCCACUCGAGGACUCUCUCAUCGUAGUUGUUGAAGACCGUACAACCAAGGAAGCAAUAUCACUUGGUCACGUAAUAAUUCCAGUGAGUUCAAUUGAGCAACGAAUCGAUGAGCGCCACGUAGCAUCGAAAUGGUUUCCGUUGGAAGGAGGAGCAAGCGCUGGACCAGGGCCAAACACUCUCGGCGGCGGUGGUGGAGGCGGAUUUUACUUCGGCAGAAUACAUCUCCGUCUCUGCUUAGAGGGAGGGUAUCACGUGCUAGAUGAAGCGGCGCACGUGUGCAGUGACUUUAGACCCACGGCUAAACAGCUCUGGAAGCCAGCUAUUGGGAUUUUGGAGCUGGGAAUUCUCGGCUCACGGGGCUUGCUUCCCAUGAAAAAUAAAGGUGGAGGAAAGGGGUCCACUGAUGCUUACUGUGUAGCUAAAUACGGCAAAAAGUGGGUCCGUACGAGAACAAUCACAGACAGUUUUGAUCCACGUUGGAAUGAGCAGUACACGUGGCAGGUUUAUGAUCCUUGCACUGUCUUAACAAUCAGCGUUUUUGACAACUGGCGUAUGUUCGGUGACCCAUCAGAAGAAAAACCAGAUAGCCGAAUCGGAAAAGUACGGAUACGGGUCUCUACCCUUGAAAGCAACAAGGUUUACACAAAUUCUUACCCACUAUUGGUUUUAUUAAGAAGCGGGUUGAAAAAAAUGGGUGAGAUUGAAGUAGCGGUUCGAUUCGCCUGCCCCAGUUUGCUACCCGAUACUUGCGCUGCUUAUGGCCAACCAUUGCUUCCCAAAAUGCACUAUCUUCGCCCGCUUGGUGUUGCACAACAAGAGGCAUUGCGUGGUGCCGCCACCAAAAUGGUGGCGUCGUGGCUUGCCCGGUCCGAACCGCCGUUGGGACCUGAGGUGGUUCAGUAUAUGUUGGAUGCUGAUUCUCAUACUUGGAGCAUGAGAAAAAGCAAGGCUAAUUGGUUUCGGAUCGUUGCGGUUCUUGCCUGGGCUGUCGGGUUGGCUAAAUGGUUACACGAUAUUCGGAGAUGGAAAAACCCGGUUACUACAGUUUUGGUUCAUUUCUUGUAUUUGGUACUUGUUUGGUACCCGGAUUUGGUUGUUCCUACAGGGUUUUUAUAUGUAUGCCUAAUUGGUGUAUGGUACUAUCGGUUUAAACCGAAGAUACCAGCAGGUAUGGAUAUACGGUUAUCUCAAGCCGAAACGGUCGACCCAGAUGAGUUAGAUGAGGAAUUUGAUACAAUACCAAGUUCAAAACCGCCCGAUUUAAUUCGGGCAAGAUACGAUCGGUUACGGAUGUUAGCAGCUCGCGUCCAAACAGUAUUGGGUGAUUUUGCAACCCAAGGAGAGCGGGUUCAAGCUUUAGUAAGCUGGAGGGAUCCACGGGCCACAAAGCUGUUCAUAGGAGUGUGUUUGGGUAUAACCAUAAUUCUGUAUGUGGUGCCAGCAAAAAUGGUAGCUGUAGCCUUAGGAUUCUAUUAUCUGAGGCACCCAAUGUUUAGGGACCCAAUGCCACCGGCUAGCUUGAAUUUUUUCAGACGGCUUCCAAGCUUGUCUGAUCGGUUAAUGUAAGAUUUGAUAGAGUAAAAAAGUAUAUUAGAGUCAGUAAUAAUAGAUAUAGUAGAAACAAAAAAAGUAAGAUUUUUUGGGCACCAAAUUUGCUAAAAUAACUGAAAAUUGUGAGAAGUGGCAGGCAGACUGUGUUUUUACUUUACUAGUAUUAUUUUCUUGUGUUCA